CGAUCGGUUGAGCCGGUCGGAGAGCACGGGAGGGUAAACAUCUUGCCGACGGCGCAGCGGGCAGGGGCCUAAGUGCGUCCGCAACCAGCACUCAGUUGGGCCCGGCCUCGCCUGUCCUCGACCUCGCCGUCCUCGCCAUGCUCGCCGCCCUCCCGCUGUGCGUGGCGGCCGCCCUCCUCUGGCCGGGCCUCCUCGGCCAGGGUGGCCCGUCCCGGGGGGCGAUGGCCGCGGGCGUGGCUGCCGAGGGGCCGGCCGUGCUCAGCCCGCUCAUCGGGCCGGCCCAGGAGAGGGAGGCCCUGGCCCGCCGGCUGCACCACCAGCAGCAGCACCACCUACGCCAUCAACACCACUACGGGGACCCUCGGCUGACGGGCCGGCACCCCGCCCUCGGCCAGUCCGCCGACGGCAGCACCGCGCCGCCCCUGGGGAUGCACGUCGGUAACGCCGCCGUGGCGCCGGCCCCGCCCCCGCCCCCGGGGAUGCACGUCGCCAACGCCGCCGCGGCGGGCGCAGGCGGCGCGUGCCAGUUCAACGCCGAACACCUGGCGUCCACGGUGGCCAAACAACUGGAGGGGAUCUGCAAUGAGAAGGAGAUUACGGAUCGCUUCCACAAUCUAGGCUCCCAGCUUGCCGACCAAUUCAACGUGUUGAAGACCAUGAUCCUCAACCUGGAGGACAAGGUGGGCGCCAUGGACAUCGGCAUGGAGCGCGCCGAGCGCCGACUGCUGUCUGCCGUGUCCAAACGCUGCGGCCGAGCCGGAGCUGCCGAGGACGAGCUUGGAGGCAUGGCGGACGCUGAGCAGGAGGAGGCCGCGGUGCCGGGGGCAGCCGCGGCCCUGCAGGACGACGACGAGGACGAUGAGGACGCGGACUACGCCGACAACCCCGCCCUGGUGACGGUGUCGCGGGACGGCGCGCAGGGCGCGAGCGCGCGCGACGAGGAGCUGCAGCGGUUCAACAACACGGUGCACACCGAGUAUGCCCCGCAGGCGCACCCGGACCACGAGUCCGGCCUGGGAAACUCGCUGGCCGGCUGUGGCCACGGGCAGCGCGUCUUCACGUACUACUGGCGGGUGCGCAACAUGGACUACAAGAUGACCGGCUGGAAUCACAGACGGUCGCUGCGCAGCCCCAGCUUCUACGUCUGGCCGGGAGGGUAUCGCAUGUACUUGCGGAUAUACCCGCGCCAGUCCGGCGAGAACGUGUACGUGCACGUGGGUCUGAUGCGCGGCGAGCACGACGGCGCGCUGCCCUGGCCGUUCAGGCUCAAGCACCGGCUGGCCGUGCUGGACCAGGUGAGCUCCAUGGCGUCCUCGGGGCCCGGCUCCGGCCCCGUCGACCUCGUGUCCCGCCUGUGGGACCCCAGCCAGCUGUGCUCGGGCUACAACUGGCAGCGGCCCGCCGCGCACACCCCGGACAACUACGAGUGCGUGGGGCUGGGCUUCCCCCAGUCCGUGCUGCGCUCCCGGAGCUACCUGCGCCAGGACACUGCGCUCGUCAAGCUCACCGUGUGUCUGAACCAACCCUAGUAACGAGGGACUGCCAUCUCAUGUCUUUUGCACAGCUAUGCAUGGGAAAAAAAACAACAACAAAACUUUGAGCUCUACCAAGGUUUUAAGUGCCAUGCUUGUUUUUCAAGUGUGGACUGAAAAAAAUCCAGUACCGUCCGCAAAUUCAACAAGUUGUUUGUAUAUUUUGUAUCUUGAAAUUAAAAUGUUUUGAUAAAAUCGACCCAACAAACAUA